AUGACUGGGCUUACGGCAGAUGUGCGUGCCGGCCAGGUUGAGGCAAGUGGCGCGGCGGCCGCGGCGGGCGGCAAGACUGCCUCCCCUAGCGAUGCACUGACCCGGGCGCAUCGCAUGACGCUGGAUGAGGCGCGCCUCAUUCUGAACCUAAAAGGCGAUGUAUCGCUUGCUGCGAACCGCCACGGCAUCAAGGACGAGGUGCGGAACGAGCUCGUAGAGCACUACGAGCGCCUUUUCGAGAUCAAUGCGCCGCCCGCGCCAAAGGGCAAGGAGGGCGGCGGCCGCGGCUCUUUCUAUGUGCAGUCCAAGGUGGUUCGCGCGCGUGAGCGCAUCGAAGAAGAGUGGAAGCUGCUGACGCAGGCUGCGGAGCAGCAUCAAGCGUCUUCGUAA